AUGACAACGCUGUGGGGCGACCUCACCUGGGAGUUGCUGGAAUCCGAUUUCCAAGCCGCUUACAAGACGACGGCCCGUUUGGGGCCCGGCAAGCUAGCCGAGAUCAAGGAGGAGAGCGGGGGCUUCACCUCGCAAGUCGUCUUCGUUACCCUCGAUUGGAUCGGUGAAGCGGCCGCAGAGCUUCCCGGAAAAGCCGUCCUCAAAAUUGUCAGCUCGCAGACGUUGAAGGACAUCAAAAACCUGACGGUCGAAGGAUCGACGGAUGAUGCGGAGUUGGACGUACCGGCUAUGCUAAACAAUAAUGAGCUGAACUUCUACCGCCAUUGGCACAAAUGGGGGCUCGGCGAUCUGCCGGUUGUCAAAUUUUUGGCUGGCCGAGACGUUGAAGCUGACUCGGCUAUUGGCUACAUUGCCCUGGAAUACAAAGAAGGGAUGACGGCCCGCUUCCUCUACAAUACGAUUCCCGAGGAGAGCUUCAUUCAAUUUUUGAAAGUUAUGGCCCGAGUCCACGGCGUCACACUCGCGAACCAAAGCUUCGCAUCCGAUUUCCCUUCUAACGUUCGAAAGCUGCUGAACAGCAAGUACGUUACGUACGCCUCGACGGCCAGCCACCUCGAAAAAGUGCUGGAGCAAUACCCAGAGGCCGCGGAGAAGGUCAACAACAUGAAGGAGUACGCGAAGAUCUACAGCGAUUAUGACAGGGAGCAGGCGAUUAGGAAGAAGACUUGCCCAAUCGAACUUUUGGCCCACGGCGACACCUCGCUGGCCAACGUGCUGUGGCAGAAACAUGGGGAAAACGGCUUGGACUUGACGGCGCUUCAUGAUUGGCAGACAUGCCACGUCGGCAACCCGUUCAUGGACCUCUCCAGGUUGAUGGCGUUGAGCUUGGCGCCGGAAUUGCUGCAAAAUCGCCGCAACGACUACCUCCACAUCUACUACGACGAGUUCAAGACGCACGCUGGGGAGGCGACUCCUUGGAAAAAUGGGGAUGAAGUCGUCGAUGCCUUCGAGCAAAUCUUCCCCCUCGAAAUGGUGUCCGUCACCUCGCUGCUCGUCCCCUUCGUACCGUUGAUGCUCAGAACUUGCCCAGCAGCCGAAAAAGAAGCAGCGAAGGUCGAGCUCUUUGAAAAACUGCGCGGCGUCAUCGAGCUAUGCGACGAGUUUAUUAGGAAAUGGAAUUUGACUCAA